CCGACGUUGGGGCAGGCAGAGGCCAAGAAAAUCCACCUCCAACCAUUUCACCUUGAUCGUGGAUGCUGUUGACCCUGCCUCUGUGUGCCUGGGGCAUGUUUCCUGCCUCCCCGUCUCUCCCAGCCCUAGCCAUCCCGUGACACGCUCCUCUUGUCCCCAGGUCACGGUGAAUGUGAAAGUCAAGGAGGUGGCCUCACAUGAGAUGCAGCCCUGUGGGGCGCUGCAGCAGCCCGGCGAUCCCUGGCCAGAGCAGGCGCGGGCCCAAACUGCAGAAGUGCCUCUGGAGGAGGCAGCACAGCGGGACAACGCAAGGUCUCAGGACCAGCCACCUCGUAGCCUCAGAGAAGAGCCGAUGCCAGGCCCAGAGUCAGCUGCAGGAACCAUGAGCAAAGCUCAUCAGCAGCCUCCUGAAGAAGGGGAUGCAAACCUGGAGCUGCCGAGGACUUCCUCAGGGAGGCUGGGGGAGACGGGCUUCCUGAGUCCUGAGCCGAGCAAACUGCAGCAGGGGCAGGGGAAGCUGGCAAAGCAGGUGGAGACCACGGAGCUCCAGGAGGCCUUUGAGGACGUGGCUGUGUAUUUCACACGGGAGGAGUGGGAGCUGCUGGAAGACGCACAGAAGGGCCUUUACCGGGACCAGAUGCUGAGGAACUGGCGAGCCCUCGUUUCCCUGGGAUAUCGUGGUCCCACCCCUGACUUAAUCUGCUGCAUUGUGCAAGGACAGAAGGAGCUCUGGGUCCGUGAUGAUGAGGACCGUGGGGACAUCUCAAAGUUGGAGGACCUGCUGCCAGGAGGUGCCUGGCUGGUGAGCAGAGUUGAGAAGCAGAGUCUGGAAGAAGGCCCUGCAAACCUGGAGCCACCCUGGUCUUUCCCCGGGGGUUUGGCUGAGAUAGAGUCCGUGAGACCUGAGGAAGACCAAUGGCUCCAGAGCCAGGGGAGACCCCAAAAACUGAGGGAGAAAGUAGCAGUGAAGCAGGAGCCAACUUCCCUUGGACGUGAGUGUGGAGAAAGGACAGAAGCCAGAGAGAGCCCUGGGCCCAGGGAAGGAUUUGUGGAGCUGAAGAGCCAUAAGGCAAAGUUCCACCGGAAAGAGACCCUGCGUCCGAACCAAGCCAGUGGGGAGGGACUGAGAGGGAAGCAGGAGGUGGCUACCAAGCCCAGGAACAAAGCCCACCCCUCCCCGGAGUGCCAGAAAAUAUUUCAGUGCCCCUCACACCAGGCUCUGUCACAUGGGUGCCCUGAGUGUGGGAAGAAUUUCACCCACUCCUCCCACCUUGCUGUGCACCAGCGCAUCCAUAAAGUGAAGAGACCACAUCAGUGCUCUGUGUGUGGGAAGAGAUUCACCCACUCCUCCCAUCUGGCACGACACCAGCACAUCCAUACCGGGGAGAAGCCAUAUCAGUGCUCUCUGUGUAGGAAGUGCUUCACCAGCUCAUCCUACCUGGAUCAGCACCAACGCAUCCACACGGGGGAGAAGCCAUAUCAGUGCUCCGUAUGUGGGAAGAGCUUCAAACAUUCCUCCAAUCUGGCACAACACCAACGUAUCCACACAGGGGAGAAGCCACAUCAGUGCUCUCAGUGUGGGAAGAGCUUCACCCGGACCUCUCACCUGGCCCAGCACCAACGCAUCCACACUGGGGAGAAGCCAUAUCAGUGCUCUCAUUGUGGAAAGAGCUUCACCAGUUCAUCCGACCUGGCCCAUCACCAACUCAUCCACACAGGGGAGAAGCCACAUCAAUGCUCUGAAUGUGGGAAGAGCUUCAGCCGUUCCUUUGACCUCGUCAUUCACCAGCGUAUCCACACAGGUGAUAAGCCACAUAAGUGUGCUGUGUGUGGGAAGAGCUUUGCUUAUUCUUCCACUCUGGCACAACACCAACGUAUCCACACAGGGGAGAAGCCACAUCAAUGCUCUGUGUGUGGAAAGAGCUUCACCCGGACCUCCCACCUGGCCCAGCACCAAUGCAUCCACAAUGGGGAGAACCCAUAUCAGUGCUCUCAGUGUGGAAAGAGCUUCACCAGUUUAACUGACCUGGCCCAUCACCAGCGCAUCCACACACGGGAGAAGCCACAUCAGUGCUCUCAGUGUGGGAAGAGCUUCACCCGGCCCUCCCACCUGGCCCAGCACCAACGCAUCCACACUGGGGAGAAGCCAUAUCAGUGCUCUCAGUGUGGAAAGAGCUUCACUAGUUCAUCUGACCUGGCCCAUCAUCAACACAUCCACACAGGGGAGAAGCCACAUCAGUGUUCCGUGUGUGGGAAGAACUUCAGCCGUUCCUAUAACCUGAUCAUUCACCAGCGUAUCCACACAGGUGAUAAGCCAUAUCAGUGUGCUGUGUGUGGGAAGAGCUUUGCUUACUCCUCUAGUCUGGCACAACACCAACGUAUCCACACAGGGGAGAAGCCACAUCAGUGCUCUCUGUGUAGGAAGAGCUUCACCCAGAUCUCCCACCUGGCCCAGCACCAACGCAUCCACAUUGGGGAGUAGCCAUCACCAGUGCAUCCCCACAGAUUAGAAGCCACAUCAGUGCUCUGUGUGUGGAAAGAGCUUUACCAGUUCGUCCUACCUGGCCCAGUACCAGUGUAUCCACAGACAGGAGAAGUGGUGGUAGUGUGGAAAGAGCUUCUCUGAAUCCUUCAGCCUAGCCACACAUCAGUGUAUGCACACACAGGAGAAGCUACAUCAGUACUCUGUGUGUGGGAAGAGCUUCACCCAAUCCUACAGCCUGACAACACAUGAACAUUUUCACACUGGUGAGAAGCCAUAUCAGCGCCGUGAGUACGGUAAGAUCUUCACCCAUCCUUCAGCCUGGCCACGCACCAGCCUAUGUACACGGGAGUAACCACAUCAGUGCCCUUAGUGUGGGAAGACCGUCACUAUUUCGUCCCACGUGGCCCAACAUCCACAGAGGGGAGAAGCCAUAUUAGUGCUCUGUGUGUGGAAAGAGCUUCACCUAGUCUUUCCAACUGGACCGGCACCAAUGCAUCUGUGAAAAAAUCCCGCUGUGUCUGUCUCCCUGGACUGGGACAUUCCAGCUCCACCUCUGUUUUUAAGCACUGGGUGUUUAGAUCAACCUGGUCACCUAGGCAACCAGGCUGUAAAAAUUCCUGCAGGGAGGGGAGUUUCCUCUCUGUUUCUUCCUGUGGCAGUCAUUUUGGGACUCAGACAAGCAUAGGCCACCUCAGAGAGACUCUUUGGCUGAUUUUACAGUGAGUAGAUUUGAAACUUAGCCAGUAGAUUAAAACUAAGUCAAUAAGCCAUGUGUUAAAAAGGCCUCCCCAAGUC